GGGGCGGCGGCGCCAUGGCGCAGCGCGGCGGGGAGCGCGAGCGGGAGCUGCAAUGGUCGGCGCGGAGGAUGGGGACCUCGCUGCUGCUGCAGCUGUCGGCUCACGAGCGGGAGCUCGACCUGGUGUGCCUGGACCACAGCUACGCCAAGCCCUGGAGCGCCCACCCCGACGCCAGCGCCGCCCGCCCCGCCCGAAUGCUGUUCCUCACCCCGCGGCGGCAGCAGCCCGGCAGCGCCCUUGAAGCAGAUGUCCCCAUCGAUGUCGAGACGGUGACGCCCACACCAGUGCCUCUCUAUGACAACCAGAAGGCACGCAGUGUGAUGAACGAGUGUGAGCGGCACGUCAUGUUUGCUCGCACGGAUGCAGAUGCCCCUCCACCCCCAGAUGACUGGGAGGAACACGUGAACAGGACGGGCUGGACGAUGGCCCAGAACAAACUAUUUAACAAGAUUCACAAAGCACUACAGUCUGACAGGCUGGCUCGCUUGGCCAACGAAGGGGCUUGCAAUGAACCAGUCCUGAGGAGGAUAGCAGUGGACAAAUGUGCUCGGAGAGUCCGCCAAGCGCUGGCUAGUGUGAACUGGGACACCAAACUGAUCCAGUGGCUUCACACGACCUUAGUGGAAACCCUCAGUUUGCCUGUGCUGGCUGCUUACCUGGAUGCUCUGCAAACGCUUAAAGGAAAGAUCCCCACUCUGAUCGACAGGAUGCUGCUCUCCUCCACAACCAAGACAGGAGCAGCAGGUGCUGAGGCUCUGUCUCUGCUGCUGAAGAGACCUUGGGACCCUGCAGUGGGGGUCUUGUCCCAUAAUAAACCAAGCAAAUUGCCUGGUUCCCCCCUCAUCCUGAUUGCUUCCUCUGGACCCUCCAACUCCAUGUUCCCCACUUCACGACGGCACCGAUUCUGGCAGUCUCAGCUUUCCUGCUUAGGAAAGGUGAUCCCCAUUGCCACCCACCUGCUGAACAACGGCAGUGGGGUGGGAGUGUUGCAGUGCCUGGAACACAUGAUUGGGGCAGUGAGAAGCAAAGUGGCAGAGAUUCACAACCACUUCUCUCACAAGCCCAUCAUCCUGAUCGGGUGGAACACGGGUGCCUUGGUGGCCUGUCACGUUUCAGUGAUGGAGUAUGUCACUGCAGUUGUGUGCCUUGGAUUCCCUCUUCUAACAGUUGAUGGCCCCAGAGGGGAUGUUGAUGACCCCCUCCUGGAGAUGAAGACCCCUGUCCUCUUUGUCAUUGGUCAGAACUCCCUGCAGUGCAACAUCGAAGCAAUGGAAGACUUUCGGGAGAAGAUCCGAGCUGAUAACAGCAUGGUGGUGGUGGGAGGAGCAGAUGACAAUCUCAGGAUAAGUAAAGCCAAAAAGAAGUCAGAAGGCCUGACCCAGAGCAUGGUGGACAGGUGCAUCCAGGAUGAGAUAGCUGACUUCCUCACUGGCAUCCUCACUCGAGCAGAGAGCCACUCGGGCUCUGAUCCCCGUGACCUGGAUGCUGAGAAGAAGAAGAAGCCACGGGACUCGACUAGGAGGGAUCUGUCGUUUGAUUUGCCAGAAAGAACCAGCAGGCCUGCCUCGCCAGCAUCCAGAGUGCCUGCCUCACCCUCAGGCUCUGAGGACCUAUCCAGUGUCUCCAGCAGCCCCACUUCAAGCCCCAAGACUAAAAUGGCUGCUGUGUCCUCCAUCCAGAAGCCCACCCCGAUCAGCACUGCACAGCUGUUGAAGAGGCAGGUGCAGAGGACGGACACGAUCCUGACACACAAGCAGGCCCAAGCUCAGUUUGCUGCUUUUCUGAAACAAAACAUGCUGGUGAGGAAAGCUCUUCCUCCUGGCACCUCUUCAUGUCUCUUUGUUCCAGUCUCCUCAGAGCACUCAGAAGGGGCUGAGAAAGAUGAUGUGCGCAUGCAGCUGAAGAGGCAUCAGACCCCCAGCCCGACCCAGUGCAGCAAAACCUCCAAACGAGCCAAAAUCAAGGUGACCAUUGUCUCUCACGGAGAUGCUGCUGGCGUGGGGAACGGAGCACCCCUCAGCACCCAGGCAGAAAUUGUCGCAGGAAAGCCAUUCCCCAUGGCAGUCAGCCAGUCUGUGUCGGGUGGGAAGGAGCCCUUCGGACUGCUCGCCACCUCCAAGCUGGGCUCAGCAGCAGAGAGCUCAGUGAGUCCUGCUCCGUCUGCCGCCAUCCCCAGCAGCACGACGCCCAGUGCUUUCCAUGCCCUGCAGAGCAGGCUGGUGGCCAGCAGCACCCACUGCAUGCAGGCCCAGCCAGCCAGUGCCCUCCAAGGAGCAGCUUCUGCCAGCAGCCUGCUGCAGGGGCUGAGCUUCAGCCUGCAAGACAUUGGGACAAAGUCAUCUGCCCUUCCUGCCAGCGUGGCUGCAGCUGGGACGCCAGUGCAAACCUCAGCUGUGAAGACACCCACACCCAUCCAGAACCUGAGUGCCAUCACCACUGGCACUGGCACCAUAGUCCGCACCAUCCCAGUUGCCACCUCUUUGUCGGUAGGAGCCGCAGCGAGCGGGAAGCCCACAGCCAUUCACCAGCUGCUGACAAAUGGAGGACUGGCAAAGCUGGCCAGCAGCCUCCCUGGCUUGGCUCAGAUCUCCAACCAGGCAGCUGGCCUGAAGGCCCCCACGACCAUUACUGUGACGCUGCGUGGGCAGCCCAGCCGUGUGACAACGCUUAGCCAGGCUGCGAUGGGGACAGUGCAGCCCCAGGUGGAGGAGCAACCGAUGCAGACACAGGCACCACAGUCACAGAAUCAUCCCAAGUUGGAAGUGACCCAGCAGGAUCAAGUCCAACCCCUGGCUCCUCACAGACAACCCCAAACAUAGGGAUGAAACUGACUGUCCUAGAGAUGGUGACUGUAGCGAUCUGAGAGCGAUUUGCAGGGGAAAAUGAGUUUAAAAAACAAGCAGAUAAACUCCCACAACACUGAAUGCUGCAUCUUGGGCAGUCAGAUGAGCGUGGAGCAUCCCUUGGGGGGUCAAGCUGCAGUUCCCAGCAAGCUGCACUGAAGGCUGAGGGCAUCAGAAGAUGCCAGGAUCACUCCAGGUUGGGUGAGGGGCUUUUCUCUUGCUUCUGACUUUCCUCCUCCUGUUGUCACUAGCACAGGUAGGUGAGCUGGUGCAGGAGGUGCAGAGCAACCUUUGCUUCACAGACAAAGCUCCCUGGUUCUGGUCCCCUGGUAUUGGGGUGAAUCGUGCUGUGGGCAACGUCAUGGGGGCAGGGAGCAUGCUCCUGCUCCUUGCUGCUCUUUGGGGUUGCUCGAAGUACUGGGAUGUGUAGGGAGCCACUGUCCUACAGGUUGAACCUCUGGAUGGAAACUGGGUAAGUACUGACAGCAGCAGCAGCCAUGAGUUUUUCAUUUAUCCCGUGCUGCUUCGGAGCUGGCACCGCAGCCACUGUUGCCUGCAGCUUCCACGCCGAGUCCUGGUUUGCUUCUGGUUAAAGCUGAGAUUUCUGAGCACCCACAUCCUUCCUCCCCUGACUUCUGUGUUUCUUUCAGUCACUUUGCUAACACGACAGAGCCUGCAAGCACUGGCAGAGCUCAGCAACACAGGGCAAGUGACACUCAGUUAUCCACUGUGCAGAUCCCACCUGAGCAGAGGGUGUCACACCAUCACAGCCCUCACUCCAAAAGUCUUCACCCAGGUUGUGGGCAGCUUUCAUGCUCUUCAAAGGCCAUUUGAAGGCACCCUCAAGGCUGGCAUGCUUUCCUUUAAGUGCUUUGUCACCUGAAACGUGCAGCACAUCUGGCGGAAGAGCAGCGACGCAGCAUUGUGUGGUUUUGCACAGAUGGGCUCUGGGGUGAAUGGGUUCACCUAUGGGUCAAUGUUUUCAGGCAGCCACGCUUGAAACUCCGGUGUUUGAUUGUAGACUGUGACUUGGAGCUCCAGUGCUGAGCUUGUGUGUUCAAGGCAGUGGCUUAAUGGUGUGAGAGCUGCUUCAAAAGCAAACUGAAAGCAGGCUCUUACAGGAAAUGGAGUGAGCUGUGUGUUUUUGUGACUAAUUAUAGCCCUUGACAUCAGCUCGUGUGUACCUUUAGCACAUAGGAUUACGUAAUUCAGCGGGGCUUCCUGGAAAAGAGCAAAUUUACAAAAGGCUUUGGGGGAUUAUGCCAGAGCUUCAACUCUUGUGUUUUCAGCAGCAGCCAAAACCUUUGUUGGUUGGGUUUCUUUUGAAAUUCCAGCUGACUUCAGUGUGUCUGUGCAGGAAGCGUGAAGCCCACGCAUCGUGUUGCUGUGUGCUGUGCUUUCUAACUCUGGGGGCUGGGAUGCUGCUGGUGGCUGCUGAGAUGCAGCGUG